GUGGCGAUGUUACGCAAGUGGAGCCGGUGCUGAGAUUGCAGUGCGCGCGCGUGUGAGCGUUUGUCUGUGCGAGGGGGCGCGCUGGAGCUGCUGAGGCUGCUGAAUGGUUCCGUAUGGAGGAGGAGGAGGCGGAGGCAGAAGCAGCAGCUGAGGAGGAGGCAGAGCCGAGAGCACGGGGUGGUGGUGCCGGUUUUCUGCGUUCUCUCCCAGUCACUGUCCGGCGCCGGCGGCUGCUGCUGCGAGAGGAGGAGGAACAGAAGAUCCACUCGCUGCGCUUCUUGGAUAUUUGGUAUUUGUUUCAUCGGCUCUUAUUGCCCGAUCCCCCGGCCUCAAUGUGCGGACAUGGCCGGGGCACAGCCAGGGGUCCAUGCGCUGCAGCUCAAGCGGGUCUGUGUGUCUGACACCAUGAAGAAGGGGAGCAAGUGUAUGAAAUGGGACGAUGACUCCACUCUUGUCUAUCCAAUCAUUCUUAAAAUGGAUCCUAAUGGAUUUUUCCUCUACUGGACUGAUCAGAACAAGGAGACGGAGCUAUUGGAUAUCAGUCUAGUGAAAGAUGCCAGAUGGGGAAGAUAUGCUCGGACUCCAAAGGAUCCCAAGUUACGUGAACAGUUAGAGGUGGGGAACUUUGGAGGCCGGCUGGAGUAUCGCAUGUUUACAAUCGUCUAUGGACCAGAUUUGGUAAACAUCUCAUAUCUGAAUUUGGUGGCAUUUCAGGAAGAAAUUGCCAAGGAGUGGACAGAUGAGGUAUUCAGUCUGGCAACCAAUUUGCUGGCGCAGAACAUGUCCAGAGAUGCCUUUCUUCAAAAAGCUUACACCAAGCUGAAACUGCAAGUGAACCCUGAAGGACGAAUCCCUGUUAAAAACAUCUACCGCUUGUUCUCUGCUGAUAGGAAACGAGUGGAAACGGCACUGGAGGCUUGUAAUCUUCCAGCUGGCAGAAGCGAUUCCGUUCCACAAGAUGACUUUACACCAGAGGUUUACAAAGUCUUUUUGAACAACAUAUGCCCACGGCCUGAGAUUGACAACAUUUUUUCCGAGUUCGGCAGUAAGAGUAAAACGCACCUGAGCGUUGAUGAGCUGAUGGAAUUUAUUAACUCAAAGCAGCGAGACCCGCGGUUAAAUGAGAUUCUCUACCCGCCGCUAAAGCAGGAGCAAGUCCAACAGCUGAUUGAGAAAUAUGAGCACAAGAGCAUUUUGGCAACAAGAGGUCAGAUAUCUGUGGAGGGCUUCAUGAACUAUCUGAGCGGAGAAGAGAAUGGAGUUGUACCACCUGAGAAACUGGAUUUGAAUGAAGACAUGUCUCAGCCAUUAUCUCAUUAUUUCAUUAAUUCUUCCCAUAAUACCUACCUCACUGCUGGGCAGCUGGCUGGAAACUCUUCGGUGGAGAUGUAUCGGCAAGUGCUCUUGGCUGGCUGUCGCUGCGUGGAACUGGAUUGCUGGAAGGGACGGACCGCCGAGGAAGAGCCGGUCAUUACCCAUGGAUUCACCAUGACAACAGAAAUAUCAUUUAAGGAAGUUAUAGAAGCGAUCGCUGAAUGUGCGUUUAAGACCUCGCCGUACCCGGUGGUUCUGUCUUUCGAAAAUCACGUUGAUUCACCAAAACAACAGGCAAAGAUGGCAGAAUACUGCAAGCAAAUAUUUGGAGAUGGACUUCUGACAGAUGUACUAGAAAAGAACCCACUUGAAUCUGGAGUCGCCCUUCCAAGCCCUAUGGAUUUAAAAUAUAAAAUCCUCAUAAAAAAUAAAAAAAAGUCUCACAAGUCGUCAGACAGAAGUGGGAAAAAGAAGCUGACGGAGCAAGCGUCCAACACCUGCAGUGACACCUCUAGCGUCUUUGAGCCGUCAUCUCCUGGAGCCGGCGAAGCCGAAAUUGAAAGUGAAGAAGAAGAUGAUGAUGAUGACGAUGACUGUAAAAAAUCAUCUAUGGAUGAGGGCACAGCGGGUAAAGAAGCCAGUGCAACGGAGGAAAUGUCUAAUUUGGUCAACUAUAUCCAACCGGUCAAGUUCGAAUCAUUUGAGUCGUCUAAAAAGCGAAACAAGAGUUUUGAAAUGUCUUCAUUUGUGGAAACCAAAGGCCUUGAGCAGCUGACUAAGUCUCCAGUGGAAUUUGUGGAAUAUAACAAAAUGCAGCUGAGCAGAAUUUAUCCAAAAGGAACACGUGUAGAUUCAUCAAACUAUAUGCCUCAAGUGUUUUGGAAUGCAGGAUGCCAGCUGGUAGCACUCAACUUCCAAACAAUCGAUCUCUCUAUGCAGCUGAAUAUGGGGAUGUACGAAUAUAACGGCAAAUGCGGUUUCAGGCUUAAACCUGAGUUUAUGAGAAGGCCUGAUAAACACUUUGAUCCAUUCACGGAAACCACCGUUGAUGGAAUUGUCGCAAACACCGUCUCCGUCAAGAUCAUUUCGGGUCAAUUCCUUUCAGAUAAAAAGGUGGGCACAUUCGUGGAAGUGGAUAUGUUCGGCCUGCCCGUUGAUACCAAGAGGAAAGCCUUCAAGACAAAGACGUCGCAGGGAAAUGCAGUUAACCCUGUGUGGGAAGAAGAGCCUAUAGUGUUUAAAAAGGUGGUUUUACCCUCUCUGGCAUGUCUCAGAAUAUCCGCAUAUGAAGAAGGAGGCAAAUUCAUCGGUCAUAGGCUAUUACCGGUGCCGGCACUCCGACCAGGUUACCACUACAUUUGCCUGAGAAAUGAGAAGAAUGUUCCUCUGACACUGCCAGCGAUCUUUGUGUAUAUAGAAGUGAAGGAUUAUGUUCCUGAUACAUUCGCAGAUGUGAUUGAAGCUUUAUCAAAUCCGAUCCGGUAUGUGAAUUUGAUGGAGCAAAGAUCAAGGCAAUUGGCUGCACUCACUCUGGAAGAUGAAGAGGAAGUUAAGAAGGAGGUAGAAGCCGGGGAGGCCCCAUCAGAGGCAAACAGUGAGCCCAGGCCAGCUCCAGCAGAAAAUGGCUUGAAUCAUGCUUCCACCCUCACCCCCAAGCCAACGUGCCCAACUGUACAGAGUCAGCCUGUUCCAGGUUCUGUGAAGGUUCCUGCUAAAACAGAAGAUCUCAUAUUAAGUGUCUUAACAGAAGUGGAAGCCCAGACGAUGGAGGAGCUGAAGCAGCAGAAAGCGUUUGUGAAGCUUCAGAAGAAACAUUACAAAGAAAUGAAGGACCUGGUCAAGAGGCACCACAAGAAAACCACCGAUCUCAUCAAGGAGCAUACGGCCAAGUACAACGAGAUUCAAAGCGAUUACUUGAGGAGGAGGGCCGUUCUGGAAAAGACGGCAAAAAGGGAUAGCAAAAAAAAGUGCGAAACAAACAGUAGUCCGGAUCAUAAUUCUUCCACUGUGGAACAAGAUUUGAGUGCUUUAGAUGCAGAAAUGGCCCAGAAAUUAAUAGAACUGAAGGAACAACAACAGCAGCAACUUCUUAACCUUCGCCAAGAGCAGUAUUAUAGUGAGAAAUACCAGAAGAGGGAGCACAUCAAACAGUUAAUCCAAAAACUGACGGAUGUAGCAGAGGAAUGCCAGAGCAACCAGCUGAAGAAGCUCAAAGAAACCUGUGAAAAGGAAAAGAAGGAGCUGAAAAAGAAAAUGGAUAAGAAAAGACAAGAAAAGGUCACAGAAACAAAGUCCAAGGAUAAAAAUCAAAUGGAAGAGGAGAAAACAGAAAUGAUCCGAUCAUAUAUUCAAGAAGUGGUGCAGUAUAUUAAAAGGUUAGAAGAUGCUCAGAGUAAGCGGCAAGAAAAACUGAUAGAAAAGCACAAGGAGAUCCGUCAGCAAAUACUGGAUGAAAAGCCAAAGUUGCAGGUUGAACUUGACCAGGAAUACCAAGACAAAUUCAAGCGACUACCAAUGGAAAUCCAGGAGUUUGUGCAAGAUGCCAUGAAAGGGAAGUUCAGUGAUGAUGGAGAACACAGUUCCACCAGUGCCAUCUUAACGCCUGACAGUGGGAAAUCGCCAGUUUCUGGGAAUCAGCGAAGUCCAGACCAUGAAGUUGAAGGAGCAGCAGAAAAUCCAGAUAAAGCUUUUGACACAUCCCUCUAACAGAGAGCAAUGGGUCUCAGUGGUUGUUUUAUUUUGUGCAGUCAGGGCAUGCUAUUGCCACAUUGCCUGUUAUCUGUUGUCCGCAGUGUGGUAAGGGGCCCGUGGCUGGUAAAAAUGGAAGCUGAAAUAUCCAUUGGAGCAGUCUUGUACAACAUACGUACGGGGGGCUUGUAACACUCUCCAUUUUAAUAUUCAGUUUUCUGAGUGUCAGUAACAGCUCACAUGUAUAAUGUAUGACACUUUGUUGGUUUUGGCAAAAGAAAAGUGUAACCUUGGGCCCGUGAGCACUGCUAGUAAUGGAAGAGAAAGAACAUUAGUCUGUGUCGUAGUGGUCACCCACACAUGUUGCAUUAAAGUAUCAAUCAAACAAGCUCUAAGCUAGGAUCUGUAUGUCAGUCGAAAUAUUAUCUGACACUUUUGUUUUCUUACUGCACUUAAAUAGCGCUAUCAUUGUUUUAUGUUUGCACUGAAAUACAAAACAUUUUGUUUUGCAAGCACUGGCUGCUUGCAGAAGUAUUUUGAUAUGAAAUCUGUAACAUAAUUGCUGCUGCAAAUCUCUCUUAAAGAAUUGUGCCAUGGGGACACUCUUAGGAAAAGAAAAAUGUGCCAUUGUUAACGCAAAUUAAAAAAAAAAAGUCAUAUCUCUCAAACGGCACAGUUUCAGCAUUCACUGUAAGUAUUUCUUCAAGGCAGACAAAUGAAGGAAAAGGAGAGAAAGGGCUUUAGGGGUGCAUGAAAAUAAAAAAGAUGCUAUCACUUUGCUAGGAUCUGCAGAUCAAUCACCGUUGUAAGAAACACAAUAUCUGUGGCAUUAAUGUUGUACUGUAUGUUUGAGUAGUCUUCAGAUAUAAAUAUAAAAAUUAUAUAUAUAUAUAUAUUUUGCAGGAUCAAAAAUAUUGAACUUAGGUAUUAUAUUUUAUCUUUAAUUUCUUGGGAACUGUAAAGCGACCAUAGAGAAAUAAAAGCAAAGUAACUCUAGAGAUAAAGUGAUAUUUCCACAUGGUUAUAUUCACUUGGAAAAUAAAUACAACCUCCCUAGAACUUAUUUCUAGUGGUUAUUGCUGACUUUUUCCAGAUUUUCCACUGGUUGAAAGCAGGGGUGGAACAUGGUGUCAAUGUAGCACUGGGGCCCAGUCAAAUUGCAUGGCCUGCUGAGUGCUAAACAUGACAAUUAGGAGUUUUUAGAGUAAUUGUUGGAAGACUGAGUUCAAGGAAGUUCUUAGAACUUUAAUUGGCUGCAAGUUUUUAAGAAAAGAAUUGGUCUUGUUCCACCAUUGUUUUCUACUCCUAACCAAUGGAAAAGAGAAUAACAACUUUUAUACAAAGACAUGUAUAUAUUUUAACACUUUUAACAUAACUCUUAUGUCUUGAGUCUUAACAGAGAAGUAGGAGAUUAAAUAACAAAUAAUUUCUUAUUGAUAACAAAGCAUUGAUACCUGUAACUUCAACUGUAUUGCUCAUUCAUACGCAGGAGAAGGGUUAAAACAUGGUUUCCUUUUUGCAAUUCUGAUGAUCCUUUAGUUGCAUUAUUUAUUGUUUUUAAAAAUUGUUCUAAUUAUCAAAAGUGUCAUGGAUACAGAUAAAGUGAAAUAUAUAGAAAAAAGCGAAUAUGUAAGAAAUAAAAUGUUCUUAAAAUCAGUGAUGCAUCAUGGAAAUGUAACUUUAUAUACAAACCUUAUUGUACAAAGGUUCAGUUAUCUACCAAGUGUAUUAUAUUGACCUGUAGACCCCCACACUCAUAAGUCUUUGUUCCAUAACGACCGGGCAGAAACCACCUGCUGUAGUUGAACCUUUUUUGCAACAAGAUGUGAAGGGACUGCUCAGAGCUGCUAGGAUUAUAGUCUUCCUUGUAAUUCUAUAGCAUGUAAAAACAAUGUGGUCAGUCAUUGGCUGACCAGAUUUUCCACCCAGUCCAUUCAGGGACGGGGGCCCUUUAAGUGCCAUACAUAGGGUGAACAGUAGGCAAGUCCUGGUGGAGUCCUCACAGUUCUCUUUUACUUGUGCAUGGUGAAAAACAACAUUAAGAAAAUAGUUUUUUAUAGUAUGUAAAUAGUAUCAAGUGGUUCUAGAUUCAUUCAAAGUAUCAUGUUGACUUUAUACAAUCUGGAAUGGCAGGGCUUCCCGCAUCUUCCCAUUGAGUAGAAUUGGGAGUUAGAGCACAUAAACAAGGUCACUCCAACAUAACAGUGACUUGUACUGUUGAUGAGACACAUCAACAUAGAUGUUUAUAAGGUGCAGGGAUAUUGGUUGGGUCUAACAUAUUCCAGUUUCUUUAUAUUUUAAACAAUAAUUGUCCAGGAAUAUGAUGCUUGUCUAAAAGGCUUCAACCAAGCUCUUCACCUCAUGGGUAUAAAAGUUUGAGUGAAGCAUAUGCCCAAUACGAUACAUUUGGCAGUUUAAGGAAAAUGCUUAUGACAAAUAUAAAGUCAAGAGCUGUUAAGUGAAUUGUGCAAUCUUCAGUCGAGAUGAACCAACAGAUUGUGUAUAUCUAGGUUCAUAUGUAUCCUCCCCGUGCACUGCACUUCUUUCUUUUAUCCAGAUCCACUUGUUAUAUAGUGAAAAACAAAAGUUUCACUCGUUGUUUAGAACAUAUCCAAAAGUUUCAUUCACACAACAUCACAAAGCCUCAGAUGUACUUUCUUUUAUUGCAAUAUUUGCAAGGUCUCCACAUCCAAGAAAGGACAACUAGCAACUAUGUUUUUUACCUGCAGGGAAAAUGCAAUUUUUGGAGGGUAUUUUUGAGAGUGGAAUCAUUCUCUUGUUUUUGAAAAAGCAAUGGAAAGAAGAAGACAGUGUGGCCGUUGUUCUGUGGAGCUUCAGUAUCACUAUCCCAAGUACAAUGAAAUGGGCACCAUGCCAGGCAGUCAAUACCACCAUUGGGUGUACCAUAGUGCUAGACCUUUGCUCAGUGUAACAUAUACAGGGUAGAGCAUAUUGCCCUGUGUCCUAGAGGCACAGAAGGCCUUGCCCAUAAAAUGUCCUUAAUCACAACUAAAAGAGACAUAUUAUCAUAUACAAUAGUCUUAGAUAGAUUUAUUAUGCUCACCAGGGAUGUCCGGUCUUUAGCUCUGCAGCUGCAUUUAUAUUUCCCAAAAUUAGAGUUGGGGUCCUAAGCCUUCAUGCAUUUGACUGUGCCCCAAGGAGACCUUUUUUUUAAAAAAACUCUAAGCCUUACAACAUCUUAAAUUAAUCUUAAUGGUUCUUCCAGUAAAAGGAAAGGCUUGUGUAAUUUAAGGUUCUAACAUCAAUCAAAACUGGAACUUCAGUUCUUAAAUGGGGUAACGUAUUAAAAAUCAGUUCCGGUAACCUAUAGCAGCCAAUCAGCUAACAAAAAUCAUUAGGCUGCUGUUUCAAAGCAAACAUCUGAUUGGCUGCUAUGGAGAAUUAUAACUAACGCAGACAUGGGGACAUUUACAAGCGAGGGACAUCCAAUCAGAUGCAUGAUAGAAUGGCGUGGGACUGGUGGUUUUCUGUACAUACAUUUUUAUACUGUAUCUAUGAAGUGACAUUUUUGGCAGUAAUGUAGUGUGAUAUACAUCUUGCAUUGUUUGGACUAUAAACGUGAUACAGAUAUCCGUAUAAAAAAAAUGUAAAUCUUAAUUUUACUUGAAGUAGAUCUUAAACAAUUUAUGAGAAAAUGGAUCUUUCUAAUGUAUUAGUCUUGUGCCUUUGUGUUGUUAAGUGUUGAAUGUGUGAACCUUUGUAUGGUGGAUAUUCUUCUUUUACACAAUGACACACAAACUAUGAGUAUUUCAGAUUGGAUUUCUUGGAUAUCUGUUCACUGCUGAGAAUCGCUUGGUUUUCACAGGAUUAAAUUGCCAGACAUUUUAUUGCAAUCUUUUCUUACCGGAAGCUCAUUCUAUCGGCGGGAUGGGAAAAGCUCAGCUUUCCUUGCGCUCCGACACUACAAAUCCCAUGAUUCUGAGCCAAGCGCUCAGGUUUCUGACUCUACAUAAGGCUGAAAUCUUUUCACGUCCUUGCUGUAAAGGAACACUGUCUCAAACUCUGCAACAUGAAUGUUCUAGUGAAAACUGGAGUUGAUAUUGUCAGUGGUUUAUUGGAAAUUGUGAUUUACAUGUCAAAGGCAUAGGAAAGGGGGAUUUGUGUAAUUAUAAUGUUUAUUUCAAUUUGGAUUAUGGUUUACAACUUCUUUGGGGUAAAAAUUAAAAAUUCUAUGCAAUUUUGUGGCAUGAUGUUCCUUCCAACUGUAACUAAAUGUGCUUUCCUCACACAUCCAAAGGACAAAUAAAAAAUAUUAACGCAUUA